AUUUUCCAAGUGGCUGAAACAUGCUAAAGAGACUGAUGAACUGCAGAGGAGCUUUGAGAUGUUGGACCCCAAAAACGACUUCAUUUUCUACCCUACAGUGUGUGCUUAUGACCCAGUAGUUAUGAGUCAGAACAGGUACGGGGACAUAGACAAUGGCGUUUUACCCUAUGAGCACUCGAGAGUUCGGCUGUCAACUACUAACCUGUGGUCGGAUCUACAGAUUGACAUGACAAACAUGGCCAACUACCGGAUGAUGUUCAAUCGAGACUACAAUGGCAGUGAUUACAUCAACGCAAACUUCCUACCAGGUGGUUUGAGUGAGUUCACCUACAUUGCCACCCAAGGUCCUCUGCACAACACUGUCAAUGCGUUCUGGCGAAUGGUCUGGGAAUAUGAGGUCUCACUCAUCAUCAUGCUGACACAGUGCAUUGAGCGAGACGUUCUGAAGUGCAACCAGUACUGGCCAGAGGACAACAUGGACUGGGAGUAUGGGGAGUUGACAGUGGAGGGCUACAAUGAGAGGAAGGAGGGGGAAGGGGGAGCUCAGUUCACCAGGAGGGAGUUCAGAGUCUACAAGACACCCAAGGCCAACAGAGUAGCCAACGCGACGAGCGAGGGGGCAUCCGAUGCUAGUAGUGUUUAA